UUGGACAGUUGAAGACUGACACGCAAUGACAGUCAGUAGCAGGUUGUGUGUGGGUGACAGCGGCUAGCAUCACACUCAUUUCACCCGUCAAACAGCGAACGGUAGUAAAGUUAACAGGAAACUGCGGGUGAAUUUAUGCUGUGACUGCUAGCUAAAAGAGUAAAACGCUAUUUCUGAGUACGGCGAUAAUGUCUGUCCCGGCAGGAGAGGGAUGAAGAUGACACCACUGGUAUGGCGACUUGUGUCAGUGUGGCUAUGUGUAGCUGUAGUCUGUUGGUACCCUAGUUGCUAUGUUGGUUGCACGGAGUCGCACCAAGUGGCCCAGAGGCCCGUGUCCUCACAGGACGACGGUUCGGAGGAAGAGUCAGAGGAAAAGAUUCAUUAUCACAAGGUUGAGGAAAGCUGGGUCUUACCUGCCCAGUCUAUAUCUAUAAAUGAGCAAUUGAUAGAGGAUGAACAGCAAAAAGAGGAGCAGACAAGACAAGAGGUGGACAAAAAACAAUAUUCAGAGGCCUUUGAAGUGGAGGAGCCUGCUGUAGAGGUAGAGUUGGAGGCAGACAAAGGAAUUUCACAACCUGAGCCAGAACCUGAGCAGAGCUCAGAAAAUCAACAUCCUGACACCUCCAUCACUCAAGACCAGGACUCAGCCUCCCUGCUACCUUCCUCUGACCAUGUCGAUGGUUUUGCUGCUGAGCUGAAAGACAACCCCAACAUCCUUAACCUUCAAGACAACCUCCCAAAUAGUUUUUCAGAUGAUGCAUCUGAAGUAGCUGCAUCUGAGGUAAUUGAAUCUGACCUGCCUCCAGCUGACUGUGAAGAAGAAGAAGAGAGCAAUCCAUAUGACAGUGAUAGCAGUCCUCCAGUUGCUCUGGAGAACACUAUCAAUGUUCACACUGCAGGUACAAAAACCCACAAUGACCCUCCCCUGGGUUCUCCGGCUGGUCACAGCACACAGCAUCUGGAGGCCAACACAUCACACAUGCUGAAAGAGCAAGACCUGAGCUCCCCUGUUACCACAGACACAGAUUCCAGUGUGAGCAGCAAAGACCCCGAGGACAUCCCCACUUUUGAUGAGUGGAAGCGGAAGAUGAUGGAGGUGGAGAAAGAAAAGACUCAGUCUACUCAUACUUCUAACAAUGGGGCUUCUCAUACGGUGAAAAAGGUCCAGAAGAACUUCAAUAACUAUGCCUCAGUGGAGUGUGGAGCCAAGAUCCUUGGUGCUAACCCAGAGGCAAAGAGCACUUCGUCCAUAUUGAAGGAGAACAUGGACUUGUACAUGCUAAACCCCUGUAGUAAUAAAAUCUGGUUCAUCAUUGAGCUCUGUGAGCCCAUCCAGGUGAAGCAGUUGGACAUUGCUAACUUUGAGCUCUUCUCUUCUACUCCCAAAGACUUUCUUGUCUCCAUCAGUGAUAGAUAUCCAACAAACAAGUGGCUAAAGCUGGGAACCUUUCAUGCCCGAGAUGAACGCACAGUCCAGAGCUUCCCAUUAGAUGAACAUCUUUAUGCUAAAUAUGUGAAGAUGUUCACCAAGUACAUAAAGGUAGAGCUGGUCUCUCACUUCGGCUCUGAACAUUUCUGUCCCCUCAGUCUCAUAAGGGUGUUUGGCACAAGCAUGGUGGAAGAGUAUGAGGAGAUAGCUGAUCCCCCAGAAAGACCAGAUGAUCAGGAUGAUGACUUGGAUUAUCCUCCUGGAUAUGCACCUGGUGAAGACAAGUUAUCCAAGAAUCUGAUUGGAUCAGCAAAGGAUGUCAUUUUGAACAUGGUAAAUAAUAUUGCUGUCAAUGUUCUCGGCGGAGGCCCAGAGAUGCAAGGCAACCUUUCAUCACAGGAAGUAAACAUGAGUUUAGGAACACGGCUUGAAAGCACCACUGAAGCUACCACCACAGACCUUACUUCAGUUCCAGAGUCUGUUGAGGAAGAGAUUUUACCAGACCCUGAUAUCCUUGCAACUGAAGUCCCCUCCUCAGAGACCCCUGUGCCAGAGACACCUACCACUGAUACAAGCAAGCAAGAGCUCCCCCCAGUGGAGGAAAAAAUUGUCAUUCCUUUAGAGAAAGAUGAGGAAGAACAUAUCAGCUCUACAAUCACUCUUUUGGAUAAGGAGGAGGAGUUGGAUGAAGGAAAAGAGAAAAGGGAUCAGCAUGAGCGACAACAAGAAAUUCAAAACUACUGUUCACUACUUCAUUCAUUUUCUUCCUCUUGCUCUUGUGCAGCUUCCCUCCAGGAGUAUCUCCAUCAGCAGUGUUCAGCCAUGCUGUCCAAAAAAAGGAAAUGCCAAACUAUAAACAGAAAGCAAAUGAUUCCUCCCAUCCUACCCGUGUCCCCCUCUGCCUGCCCUGAACUUCAGCAGCACCACAGUGAGGUACAUCAGCCCCAUGAAAAGGAACAAGCUUCUGAGCAGGAGCCAGAGAGUGGAGCCAGCCCGUCAGAAACACUACAGCCUCCAGGGAACACAGUACAAUCUCUUAAAGAGUCCAUGUCCAAACCUCCUCUGCUGGAGCCCAGUCAAACCUCUAACCUCCCCAAACCCAGUGCCACUGACUCAUCCUCUGCCAAAUCUACCCCUAUUGUGGAGACACCACAGCUGUCUUCUGAGGAACCAGCGAGGGAGCUAAGGCCAGAAAAGAUCCAGGAUGUGCCGGCUGAAGAGAAGCACAUUGAGCCGUCAGCUUCUCUCAGUGGCUCCAUCUAUGUACAACCCAGUGUCAGUGCCACAAUGGACGAUGGCUCAGUGGCACUAACAGAAGAGAAGCCUAACGUUGAUGUGUCACCACUAGAAAUAAAUACCCCCGUCCAAACCCCGGAUAAGACGGAUCAAUCCCAAGUUCUCCAUCCCACCACCGCCCCUCAUUUAGAACAUCACCCUGACCCACCAGCUGUACCUGAAAGUGGUACUACUUCCGCUGAAGUAGCCCACCCUGCUCUAGACACUGUAAUAGAACUUGAGCCCUCUGGUGGUCACCCGGUCAUCACAGAAACUAAAACGGAGGAUUUCGCAGAAGACAUCUCUACAUCAUCAGGUGGCAACGGUCAAAUGCCUCCGGCUCCUUCUUCCUCUCCUUCCUUGCCUAUCUCACCGUCCCUCUCAGACAUCUAUGCAGAGCCGCCCAAUGGCACGGAGCAGAACGGGAACCCAGUGCAUGGCUCCAGCCAGAAGGAGUCUGUGUUCAUGAGACUCAACAACCGCAUCAAGGCCCUGGAGAUGAACAUGUCACUCAGCGGACGCUACCUGGAGCAGCUUAGCCAGAGGUAUCGAAAGCAGAUGGAGGAGAUGCAGAAGGCUUUCAACAAAACCAUCAUUAAACUCCAGAACACCUCUAGAAUAGCAGAGGAGCAGGACCAGCGUCAGACUGAGUCCAUUCAGUUGCUGCAGGGCCAGCUGGAGAAUGUGACUCAGCUGGUUCUCAACCUGUCUGUCAAAGUCAGCCAGCUGCAGAAUGAGGUAUCAGACAGGCAGAACUACUUGCUGCUGUCUCUGGUGUUGUGUCUCUGUCUCGUCCUGCUGCUCUAUGCCAACCACCGCCGUAUCUCCACUAUUCCUAUAACCACAGAACCAGAGCCACCCAUACCUAAGAGCUACACAUACUGUUGUUCUGAAAGGCAGUUCUCUUCCGGUGAUGAGAUGGGCUUGAAGAGGAGCGCGUCCUAUCCACUUAUAUAUUCGGAGUCAUUCCAGUUAGACACCACUGAAGGCCCAGAAAUGCUGCACUCAGAGGAGACGCAGAGUCUUUGUCCAGCUAACAGAAAGAGGAGACGCCGUAAGAUGAAACCCAUGGAGAAAGUGGAGACUCUGAAACCCUCUUUUCAUGCUGCUCCAGAGCUGUGUAAUGGAGCUGUUGUAUGUAAUGGUGUACCUGUAACCACAAACCCUACACCCCUUACAAAAAGGUUACUUCAACCUAUGUUUAGAGACUCGCCAUCAGAGGGCAGCUCGGAGGCGUCUUCACACUCGGAUGACCCCACCUUCUGUGGCAUCACCACAGCUUGCAGUCGAAUCUGUGACGGGCUCCCUCCACCCAAGACCCGUGCGGAGAAACGGGCAUUAAGACGCAGGCGUCCUAAGCCCAGUUGCGUGGUGGUGGACUUGCUUCAGGCCCCACGGAGGGACAAGAGCGAAUCAUUGCCCAUCUCUACCAUACAAGACAUCAUGAACAGGAAAACAGAGCAAAGCUCUGGGACAUUUGGGGUAAAUGUUGCCCUUUCAGGUCCUGUUUGACGUUUGACAUUUGACAUCUCCACUCGUUCUCACUGACUGCUAAACUCUUUCCAAAAGAGGAUGGAUGUUCAUUUCUGUAGCCACAGGCAGCUUUAAGCUUUGAUAUGAGACAAUCCCUUCACUCUUACUUUAGUUUUGUUUUCUGUUCAUGUUCUCUGUCCAGUUCUUGUCAGAUGUUUAUAUUUGUUAUACUUCAAAUCAAAGAAAUGUCUUCCCAGCUUUCCAUUAAAGCUUUUCUCUUUUGUUUGGAAA